AACUUCCCCGUGAUGGAGAGCCGGGGGGACUGCCGCACGUCGGAUCAAACUUAGCGGGAGGCAGGAAGCAGCGCGGAUUGAUCAGAACACAGCGGCAGCGGCAGCAGCAGCAGCUAACCGUCUCCUCAGAGGAGGAGAGGAGAAGAAAGCCAGUAAGGAAGGAAGGAAGGAAAGAAAGAAAGGAGUGAAGUGGAGGACAAAUAAAGUGAAUUUUCUCUGAAAAGGUCGAGCUGAAAAAUAAAUAAAAAUAAAAUAACAAGAGGAACUGAGUGCUUGGCUGCCACUUUUUUUUUUUUUUUUCAAUCCUUUCUUUCUGCAGACUCUUUCUGUCCUGUUCCCCCCUUUUUUCCCCCAUUUUCCUUCCGGAAGCUUCUUCCCUGUAUGCCGCUCUGCUGCCGGGCAGGUGACCGGACUCAUGGUGGACGCCAAGGGACGGAACAUGAAAUGUCUGACCUUCCUCUUGAUGCUUCCAGAGUCGGUGAGGAUCCGCUCCAGUAAGGGCGCCAAGAAGGGCAGCCCGCCCAGCGCCAAGCUGCCGCCGGUCUGCUACGAGAUCAUCACCCUGAAAAACAAGAAGAAGAAGAAGAUGGCCACGGAGAUCUUCCCCGCCAAGAAGCCCGUCGCCGCGGGGACGGUGUCCACGGCGACCACUGUCCAGCAGUACCAGCAGCAGAACCUCAACAACAACAACACCAUCCAGGGCUGCAACUGGCAGGGGCUGUACCCCACCAUCCGAGAGAGGAAUUCGGUGAUGUUUAACAACGAGCUGAUGGCAGAUGUUCACUUUGUGGUGGGCCCACCUGGGGGGACGCAGAGGCUGCCCGGACACAGAUACGUCCUGGCGGUGGGCAGCUCGGUGUUCCACGCCAUGUUCUACGGGGAGCUGGCGGAGGACGCGGACGAGAUCCGGAUCCCGGACGUGGAGCCGGCCUCCUUCCUCGCCAUGCUCAGGUACAUAUACUGCGAUGAGAUCGACCUCUGUGCGGACACGGUCCUGGCCACGCUCUACGCCGCCAAGAAGUACAUCGUGCCCCACCUGGCGCGGGCCUGCGUCACCUUCCUGGAGACGAGCCUGAGCGCCAAGAACGCGUGCGUGCUGCUGUCGCAGAGCUGCCUGUUCGAGGAGCCCGACCUGACGCAGCGCUGCUGGGAGGUGAUCGACGCCCAGGCCGAGCUGGCCCUCAGGUCCGAGGGCUUCUGCGACAUCGACGCGCAGACGCUGGAGAGCAUCCUGCGGCGCGAGACGCUCAACGCCAAGGAGCUGGUGGUGUUCGAGGCGGCGCUGAGCUGGGCGGAGGCCGAGUGCUCGCGGCGGGAGCUGACCCAGUCCAUCGACAACAAGCGCAAGGUGCUGGGCCAGGCGGUGUUCCUCAUCCGCAUCCCCACCAUGGCGCUGGACGACUUCGCCAACGGCGCGGCCCAGUCGGGCGUGCUGACGCUGACCGAGACCAACGACAUCUUCCUGUGGUACACGGCGGCCAAGAAGCCCGACCUGGAGUUCGUCAGCGAGCCGCGGACGGGCCUGUCGCCGCAGCGCUGCCACCGCUUCCAGUCCUGCGCCUACCGCAGCAACCAGUGGCGCUACCGCGGCCGCUGCGACAGCAUCCAGUUCGCCGUGGACAAGCGCGUCUUCAUCGCCGGCUUCGGCCUGUACGGGUCCAGCUGCGGCUCGGCCGAGUACAGCGCCAAGAUCGAGCUCAAGCGCCAGGGCGCCGCGCUGGGCCAGAACCUCAGCAAGUACUUCUCGGACGGGUCCAGCAACACCUUCCCGGUGUGGUUCGAGUACCCCGUGCAGAUCGAGCCCGACACGUUCUACACGGCCAGCGUGGUUCUGGACGGGAACGAGCUGAGCUACUUCGGGCAGGAGGGCAUGACGGAGGUCCAGUGCGGGAGGGUGACCUUCCAGUUCCAGUGCUCCUCGGACAGCACCAACGGGACGGGGGUGCAGGGGGGCCAGAUCCCGGAACUCAUCUUCUACGCCUGAGAAAUCUGCCCCCCCCCCUCCCGGUCCUCUCUUCCUCCUUUUCUUUCUCGCACCCCCGGGGGACAGAAGGGGGCAGAGUGUGGUGGGGCGGGGUAGAUCUCUGAACUCAUCUUCUAAGCCUGAAAUCACCACCACCCCCUCCACCCCCUCCCCUUCCCCCAAGACUAAUCAUCCCUCCUUCCUGCCCCUGCUCGGUCUCUCCCCCCCCCUCUUUUUCCUUUUUUGUCUUUCAUUGUUCUUUCGCUCUGGGGACCUGACUUUCUCGCACCCGUUCUUGUGUUUUGUUUUGUUCGCUCGGCGUCCUAUUUUCGGCUCCACUGCUAAUGAGGAUCGGGUUUGGGGGGCCAACCCCGGCCCCGUUCGUAAGGGAUUACCCCCCGGGGGCCCGCGUGGCCCCUCUGGGGGUAGACGGGACCCUCCAUCCAUCCGACCUCAUCCUGCUCACGCUUCCUCUGCCGAACCGAUCCUGGAGACCUUCCCCCCCCCCCCCCCCCCUUGUCUAAACUGUGCUGCUCUUUGGUUUGAUUCCUCCUCGAUUGGACCCAGUUUUGGUCCCUGUACGCAAUGCGAGGAGCAGAUUUCACCCGGAUGGAUUCCCCCUCAUUUUUCCUUAAAAAAAAGAAAAAGAAAGAAAGAAGUCUUAAGAUAUUUUUGAAUAAGGUGUGUGUUAUAUAGCUGUACAGAAUUGCAGCGUGGAAAGUGCAGAAGGCUGUUGUCACUUCUCAGAAAUGUUCUUUCGAACUCAAAUAAAAAGUAGCAGGCAGUAGUUUCUGCGCUCUAUCUUGUAUGUACAUAUGUAAAUGGGUAUAUAUAGACUAUAGAAUCACGUCAUGGAUGCUUCUUCUGUUUCUGUGUUUAAAUUUAUAUUUAGAAAUAUGAGGAAACUAAUACAAUGUUAUUCUUACCAGUGUACUUACAAUAGAACCUAACAGAUACGUUGCGUUGGGAAUUUGCAACUCAGAACUUUGUUUGUUUUGUGACUGAGACAUCAAAAUACACCUAAUUUAACCCUUUAUUGAAUCGUUAUUGUGUAUUGCUGUAGCCUCCUUUUAUUAAACGCUGCACUCAAAUUUUGUAGCUAUAAACCUUAUGUUGUUAUCAGUAUCCUCUCUAGAAACAUACUUUUUUCUUUGACCCCUUUUCUGAAUAUUCAUCCGUUUCAAUGACACUGACAAUCUUUGGCCUCAUUUUCUAACUGCUUGACUUUGUUCUGGCUGUUUACGUAAAAGUGGAUUUCUAAACAUUGUAUUCUUUAGCAAUAGCACUAGGAAAGGCUCCCUUGUGUGAGCAUUUAUGAGCUCGGUUCAAUGGAAACGAAUUUAUUUAUUACGUUACGCUUGCUUUUUUGCAUCUGUGAUUACUUCAUGGGGACACUUGUGGUUCGAUACCCGUUUUCGUUGGCCAGUUGUUCCCCUGCACCGAGGUUGGUAUCUCUGAGGUUCUAUUGUAAUUGUUUUCUCACGCUUCUGGCCUAACGCUAAUGUUUUCAGAUAACUAAUGAAGUGCAUGUCGCACUGCAGCAAUACUAAGCCUCAGCCCGUCAGUCAUUUUCACCUGUCUUACCCCUCAUCUCAUUUCCUACCUUCGUUACCCCGCGAGUAAUCGUUUUCGAAAACCACGAAAAGCAAUCACAAUAUUUGACACCAAAGUUAAGAGUAUUUGUCAAAGGAUUUUAUGAUUAUUUUUACUAUUCUGACCCAGCUAAAAAAUAAAAAUGAUGUUAAUAUAUGAUAUGACUUAUUAAUUGCAAUAAAAGGAAUAUGCAUGGAUGGGAUAUGAUGGAUUUCCAUACAGCCAUUGAUGGAGUGAAACUCUAAUUAUGCAUUGCCUGCAAUUACAGUCCAUAUGAGCAAGGCAGUUUCACAAUCAACCUAGGGCCUGGUUUAUUAAGUCCUUUUGUGGGUGCUUUUUAACACGCACAAAACCAAUAACAUGGUCAAUGAUUGGUCCAUGGUAUUUGGUUUGCACCACUUAUUGGUUGUUUUAUUAGUUUUAUUGUUUGCACUUGUUGAAGGCCUUCAUGAUGCAGGCCCCUAGUGUUCACAUUACUGGUCCAUUACUCUGUUUGCGCUUCACUUGAAAACUUCUACAUACAAAAUGGUGGCUUACUGGCCUCAGAACCAGGAAUGUCACUUUUAAAAUGUAUUUUAACCUCCUGAGACCCAAGAGAAAAACAGUAAGCAUUUACAUUUGGUUUUUUUUACAUAAUACAAGUUGUCUUGGACGACAAAAACAGGUUGCACUGAAAAUAUUUCAUUUCAUUUGAAUGUUAUGAGAAAUAUUGUAUAGUGCUCAGGGAAGCCCAAAUCUAAUGUCCUCAUUUCAGGAUGCAGGGUCUCAGGAGGUAACAAUAAACAAGUGGAUUUGGAGCAAGUUGUAGGUCAAGAAUUGUAAAGAAAUAAUACUGCGAUUUUAUUUGGGAAAUGUGAUCGGGAACUACAGAAUGGAAAUCUCCAUGGCCAUAUAAUUUAUAGUAGAGCAACCGGUGUAAUGCGGCUUGAAUAGGGAGCACUAUUCAGUGGCUUCGCCCAUUCAGAAGGGGAUAAAAUGGGUUUGAAUAUGUAUGCGCAUUUAGCUGCGCUGUGCGGGCUGAAUUAAUUAACCGCAAACGGUGCAUCCGGCAUCUGCGCUCAGUGUGUAGCCCUGCCGCGAUGCGAUUAGCGCAUUGUUUCUGGAAAAACGCAUUUGCAGAAACGGGGCUCGGCUCUUAAUUUUCUGAUUGGAUAAUAGCUCGACUGCGGCGAAAAUGGACGACGGAAAUCAAGGGGCGACGCGACUUCUCCGCGGCGCGACGAAAUCACGGGCGGAACUCGCGCCCCCGAAGUCUGCGAUUACGCUCAUUAAAUACGAUUUCAUUCCAGGUUUUGGUUUCUCAUUUUGUGCGAAAACAAUGUCUCUGUGGAAUUGUUGCUUUGUGUUUAUUUAAGGAAGUUCUACUGGAAAAUGUUGAUCGGGGGUUACAGUUAAACUCAAAAAAACCUGAGUGGGGAAAAAUGGAAGUGGGGGGGGGGAAAAGGUUUUUAUUUCUUGUUUAAAAAACUGACCAGUGGUGUUGCCAAGGCUCAUGUUCAGUAUUUUAUGAAGUUAUUCGCUGACCAUGAAACAAAUUCUAAUAUGCUAAUUGUAUGCACGUGCUGCUCUGGCAAUCUGUAUUGUUUCACAAAUUCCACAAGUUUACUUUUGUACGGCGAUUGAAAGAUGCUUUGUUGUAAUCUGACCUGUAGCUCUGCCCGACGCAGAACCGACUCGGAUCAAAUCAUUUGAAACCCAACAAUGGAAAAGAAGACAGAAAUUGUGUCUUGUUUACAUUUAUUUUUGAAUUCCUGUGUGUCAAAAUUAGUGUGAUAGUAUUCGCCAGACUAAUACCUAUCAUGUUGCUGUACAGCUUAAUUACUUUUACUCUUAAUUGUUCUGAUGUGAUUGGAUGAACAUAUCGACGUGUACAGAAGCGAAAGGUUUUGCUUGUAUUGCACUGAUUGUAAGCAUUUUUACAAGCGACGCCACGAUGUAAUGUGCUCCUAACCCUGGAAGGCCCGUUUGCUACCCUCCUUAUGAAGUGGAUGAAGAGGAAGAGGAAGAGUCGAGGAAGAGCGCCACAGUGAAUGUCCGUGUUCUGUGCUCCUGUGUUACAGUGCCAAUAAGACCCAUGAAUGUGUAUGAUGGUUGCAAAUAAAAUAAAAGUUAUCUGA